AUGGCGUACCGCCGCCCUGGCCGCACCGAUGCCCAAGGACGCGAGGUGCAGUACGACAUCUGCAAGUUCCGUCACCUUUUGUGCGAGGUCAAGGGGAUGACCGUGGAAUUGGGCUCUAGUGUGGUAUUUGGGCAGGACGAAGGAGUGGAGAAGACGCGUUUCUGCAUGGCCUUUGUACGUGCAUGA